CACCACCACCACCACCACCGCCUGCUCCUCCUUCCCCUCGUCUCCUCCUCCUCCUCCAACCCCGACGAGACCGACCCGGCGACCGAUCCGGCGAUGGGGUUCCUGGUGACCUCCGCCAUCUUCUUCUUGGCCGGCUUCAUCGCCUGCAUGUUCUCGCUCCUCUGCUGCAACCGCGGCGCCUCCACCAACAUAUUCCAUUUGACUCUGGUUAUUACCGCUACAGUUUGUUGUUGGAUGAUGUGGGCAAUCGUGUACCUCGCGCAGAUGAAGCCUUUGAUCAACCCCAUCCUGAGCGGCGAGUGAGCCCUGCCCCGAAGAUAAUUUAAGAUCCGCUCACAAUGUAUCAUUAUUCGGUUGAGAACCUCUAUUCAUUUUGUUGCCAUGACUGGAAUAAAGAACCUGCUGUGAGAUUUUGCUACUCGUCCGUCCUCCGAAGACACUUCCGAGGAGGCACGCUGUGAUUAGUGUAUGCAAAUUGUAUUAUAUACACAAUAAUAAUAAUGAUGACGAUUCUGUUUAUCCA